GUGAAUCACCUCAGGGUGUAAUGACUGUGGGGCUGUCCCUUUAAAAAUCAAGCAGGCGAGGCUAAUUGGGCAAACUCCUCCUCCAGGGAGGUUCCUUUAAAUGAGGGCCAGCUAGCUGACAGGCCUCCGUUCUUACUCCGGAGGCUCCCCGCCAGGAUGCAGCCCACCUGCUCGGCCCAGGAGUUUGUGGACAGCCACAUCAAGCCUGGGAGGAUGGUGCUGUUCAUGAAGCCCACCUGCCCCUACUGCAGGCGGGCCGAGGAGCUCCUCUGCCAGUACCCCUUCAAAAGGGAUUCGCUGGUCAUUGUGGAUAUCACCGUCACCAGGAACACAGAGAAGAUCCAAGAUUAUUUCCAACAGCUCACAGGAGCCAGAACGGUACCUCGAAUCUUCAUUGGUAAAGAGUGUAUAGGUGGAUGCAGUGAACUACAAGAGAUGGAUAGAAGUGGGGAACUGAUGGUGCGGCUAAUAGAAAUGGGAGCUCUAACGCCGUAAUUACAGACCCAGGCUGAUGUCUCCCUUGAGAGCUGGAUGGCAUUGUGAAUGGUGGCAGCACUUCUGGUGAAUAGAUCUGGGGCGACCUUUACCCAGCAACUGAUUACUUAAUCUUCUGAAAUAUCUAAACCAAAAAAAUGGGAGAGUUCUCAGCAAAAACAGGCUUUUCUUCUUUCAACUCUUGAAAGUGAACUUGCCACAAACCACAGGUCUGAGAUGGUGGAUGGACAUCUCGGGUUUUUUCCGGAUUGGCCCGUGGGUUUCAAUAGACUGCGACAAGUUAUAGCUCAGGAUUCCCUCAUGGACCCAAAAAAGUUCCUUCUCUUUUGCACGUGGUUCUUACUAUCGUUCAUGUG